AUGGACCGCGCCAGGCUUGCAGAGAAUGGCAUCUUUAUCGAGGACGGCGAUGGAGGCUGCGAGCUGCUCCCUCCCCACGUCGAGUCUCUCCAAGACGCGCUGCUCGACUUCAGAAGGACUAUCCCAGACAAGUUUGGAUUCAGCGAAGAAGAAAUUCUCAAGCUUCUCAAUGAGGACGGUACCAAUGCGCGCGACGACAUCCCCGGCGAUGAUAACGACGAGAUCUCGGAUGAGUUGGAGUUUUGCGCCGGCAUCAGGGAGUUGACGAAUCACCUUGGCGAGUCGAGCCAGAUUUGGACUGAUGGGUAUGGAGAGGAUGAUUGGAAGAUGCAAUUUGAACAAUUGUUUCUUGAUACUUUGGUGGAUGACGCCCAAGUUUGCGACGGACACACGAGGCAAACAGCACGCGCAAAGUUCUACUACGACUCGUUUCAGGGGGCACGGGAUCGGCCAUGGACGUUAUUUGGACCAGACGGCUCUGAAAGAAAGCAAGGCGAUCUGCCAGAACCGAAGCCAGGAUGGGUUGCACACUUCCCCGUCUACGUGAUCUCACCGGCAGAAUACAACCAUCAACAUAGCGGUCUCCAGCAAUUUGCCUCUAGUCACUCAAUCGUCGACAACUUUUCUCAAGUAACUCUCGAACAUCUUGCUGGCCACGGACUGCAGCCAAGUGCUACGGGAGUCACCGAGACUGGACGAAGGGGGGCAGCAUUGUCCUCAGAGUAUGUGUUCUUCCCGUGGCUGAUUGUCGAGUACAUGAAAGACGAGUACAAGGGCAAUGAAGAGCUUUGCUAUGGCCACGCAGCCAAUGCUGGCGCGGCUGCACUGAAAAUGCUCAAGGAUUUGUCUAGGCAUGAUCUCCAGUCUCUUGGGGACAUCCCGCCUGUGGUGACAAUCACAGUCAGGCGUGAUUUGGUUCGUGUCUGGAUCAUGCAUUCCGAAUCUUCUAAAGGCACUUGUGAGAUGCAAGUAAUCUGGAGGGGCUCCUUAACCCGCAUGGUGGACAUCCUCGAGCUGAGGGCAAUUCUCGACAACUGCGAAACCUGGGCGACUCGAGUGUUACGACCAUGGAUAUCUAGGCAGAUUGACCUCUGGAAACAGCAAUGCCCAGAUGAUUGCCCCAGACCAUUCGACGCCUCUCUUAGACGCCGAGCUGCGCAGUCUAGAGACUCGAGUAAUCGCCCCGCAAGCGACAAGGACGCCCUCGACAAAGAACCGAAAAAGAAUGAGAACAAAGACGUGGACUUGAGACAGAUGAUAAGGGAAGAACAUGAUUGGCUAUUACAACAACUGUUAAAGGACCCAGUUGAGACAAAGAGACCGACCCGAUCGAUAGCUACGCAGACGGGCCCCGAGGACAAGACACAUCCCCUAGAGAAGUCAGCCGUGCGGCCAAUGGCCUUGAAUCCCAGGAGCCCCUUUCCUCCGAGGAAGAUUUUGGAUCCUAAGCCACGGCUUACCAAGACAAACACCCCUUCUGGGCCUUCACUAUCUUCCGACAAGGGGGAAUUUGCACCGACGAGCACUCAACAAGAAAAGCAUGACAGACAACGACAGGUCAGUAGCGUCGAGAUUUUCAAGAAUAGGAAGUUAGUAUAUGGUGCAAAUCGUAUAGUUCCCAUCAAGCUGCCUGAUGUCUCGUCAGAGGAGAUUUUGGCGAAGAAGCCUUGGCUAGGGGCAAUGAAGAGAUUUGGAGUCGAGAAGCAGACCGAGAUGGCGUUGACACAGAAGAGACAAGAGAAGAAAGAUGAAGUGGAGGAGAAUAAAGUUGAGAAGGACAAGGCUAAGGAGCAAGACGACAACGGAACUCGGGACAAGGAUAACAAGACCGAGGGGGAUGAAACCAAGGCCAAGAGUGAUGACAACAAAAACAACAAUGGGAGUGACGAUAAGGGGGAUGACGAAGAGGAGAGCAAAGAAAAAGAACCAACAUCAUCGCUGAAAGAAGGAACAGAAGAGGUCGAUGCUGGCUCGACUCCCACGGCCGAUGACAAAGGAGAUCCAGCAAUAGACAUAGCUAAAGCUAUACCGAUUCCGGAGGGAAAAGACGCGAUAGGGGGUUCAAACCCCGAGCCCCUAACCUCUUCAAAGGAUUAUUCUACAAACACCACAGAGACGACCGAGAACGAGAGAUCCGGCGAGAUUGCCAAGAAAGAGAACCCCAAAGAGACUAUCGAGAUCGAGCCAACCGAGACAAAUCCCAAGAACUCUGACGACAUUAUCGAGAAAGCCAAUUCCGAGAAGAGGGUGGAGAAAGAAGAGAAAACAGAUCCCGAGAAGACUAUGGAGAAAGAGAAACUUGACGAGAUCAUCAAGAAGUGGAUCGCCGAGGACAGUCCCAACGAUGAGAUCCCCAAGGAGACUAUCGAGAAACAAUACUUUGGCGAGAGUGUGGCUGGGGAGAGCAGCGACCCCAAACCUAGGAGAGUGCGAGUCCCGCUUCCAGAACUGGCACCCGAGCCGGGAAAAGAAGUUCCUGGGCAGUUGUAUUGGCGCGACCUUUUUGACCAGUGGAGAGAAAAUGACAAUCACAUGGGGUUGAAUCAAUCCGCUAUCAAGCAAGAUACACCUCCCAGAGAUGGACCGGCCGAACCCCCUCGAGAAGAGACACCGAAUCCCUCUCAAACAGUCAAAAGCAAGUUAUCUCCUCCCAGAGAGACGAAGCCAUCUACCGUCUUCGACGCGACACAAUGGACUAAUAUAGAGUUUGCGUUUGGCUCCUCGGGCGCUUCGAAUGAGCCGCCUUUUACGUUCAAGAUGGAGAUGGAGGGCAGUGCUGAGGAUCCAAGGAACUCUUCAAUGCCUAGAACUCAGGCGAAGGAUAACAAACUCUUCGACUGGCCUAAAGAAGAUGGCGAUGACGACGGGCCCGCGCUUUCAGAGAAUCCCCGACCAGUUAAGCAGAUUAAGGGGAGUGGGAGUUUGACACGGACAGGAGAGGGACGAUAA